AUGCCUGCCAAAGGUGUCUCGCGUGGAGACCGGUCUUCGGAUCCGGAACUCUCCUCAAAUGCGAGCGCGUCGUCCGAUGAGUCCGAUUACCUCGACAGUGCUGCUGCCCGGAAACGGCGUCGCACUUCUCCCGAGCUUCAAGUUGGAGUCGACGAGAGCGAUGACGACGACGAGGAAGAUGGUGGCAGAAAACUACUGCUACCAGUGGCUCCUAUAGCCGUUCCUUCUCGAGUUAAACGAAUUGUCGGAAAGAAAGAAGAUGUCAAGCCUGUCAGCAAACCCGCGGCAGCCUCGCAACCACAGUCGCAGAAUCCCAUUCUUGCACCGACCGAUCCCAAUACUACCUUUUCCGCCCUCAAUGUGCGGCCGUGGCUUGUCCAGUCGCUUGGAAACAUGGCUAUUAGACGACCAACCGGUAUUCAAAAGGGCUGCAUACCGGAAAUAUUAAAGGGAAGGGACUGCAUUGGUGGUAGCAGAACGGGAUCGGGAAAAACUGUGGCCUUUGCUGUUCCCGUUCUCCAGAAAUGGGCAGAGGACCCGACCGCCAUCUUUGCUGUCGUCCUCACGCCAACCCGCGAGCUUGCUCUUCAGAUUUAUGAGCAGUUCAAGGCAAUUUCGUCUCCGCAGAGCCUCAAGAUGAUUCUUGUGACUGGUGGUGCCGACAUGCGAUCCCAAGCCAUUGCGCUAGCUCAACGACCACAUGUUAUCAUUGCGACUCCUGGCCGUUUGGCGGACCAUAUCAGAACGUCUGGAGAAGAUACCAUCUGUGGACUACGAAGAGUGCGUUAUGUGGUUCUCGACGAAGCAGAUCGGCUUUUACAUGCCGCCGGCUCGGGCAGUAUGCUGCCAGAUGUCGAGGAGUGUUUGUCAGUGUUGCCGCCUGCUUCCGAAAGACAGACGCUCCUUUUCACAGCCACCAUCACACCGGAAGUGCGAGCCCUCAAAGAUCUCCCACAGAGACCUGGAAAGCUGCCCGUCUUUGUCUGUGAGGUGGACACACAGAUGCUUGCCAUCCCGGCAACUCUCAGUCAGAAGCAUGUGCAGAUCCCAAUCACUCACAAAGAACACUAUCUGCACGUUUUCUUGCUCACUGAGGCCAACAUCAACAAGACGGUCAUCAUCUUUUGCAACCGCACAUCAACGGCCGAGUACCUUCAUCACUUGCUGCGAUUACUAGACCACCGAGUCACCUCUUUGCACUCCAAGCUUCCCCAAAGACAGCGAACAGAUAACUUGGCUCGCUUCCGGGCCUCAGCGGCCAGGAUUUUGGUGGCUACAGACGUAGCGGCUCGUGGUCUCGAUAUCCAAGAAGUUAGCUUGGUAGUCAACUAUGAUAUCCCUCGGGACCCAGAUGACUAUAUCCAUCGAGUGGGACGUACCGCCCGUGCGGGCCGCAAAGGUGAGGCCGUGACACUUGUGGGCCAACGGGAUGUGGAAUUAGUCUUGGCCAUCGAGGAGCGAGUGGGCAGGCAGAUGGAGGCCUGGGAAGAGGAGGGCGUCAACCUGGAGACGAGGGUGAUUCGAGACGCCCUAAAGGUGGUCGGCGAGAAGAAACGGGAGGCGUUGCUGGAGAUGGAAGAGGGCAGGGAAGUUGGCGGCAAGAGGAAAAGGACGAAACAGAAACUUCAGACAUAG